GGAGCUGCUGGAAGACGGCGUCAGUUUGAAGCUAACGAGCAAACUCGUCGCUACUGCUACUUAUUACAAAGGAAAAUACGAGAAGAAUAAAAGAUGCCGUCCUACAAGGUGACUUACUUCAACAUCAAGGGCCUCGCCGAGCCCAUCAGGUUCCUGCUCAACCACGGCGGCGUUGACUUCGUCGACGAGCGCAUGAACGAGGAGGAUUGGAAGAGAAUCAAGCCUACCACACCCUUCGGUCAAGUGCCGAUUCUCGAGGUCGACGGCAAGAAAAUCAACCAGUCCACGGCGAUCUGUCGUUACCUGGCCAAACAGUUCGGUCUGACCGGUAAAGACGACUGGGAGAACCUCGAGAUCGAUGCGGCCGUCGACACCAUUAACGACAUGCGCGUCAAGAUCACCUCUCCACACUACGAGAAGGUUGCCGAAGCGAAGGCGCAAAAAAUCGAGCAGGCGAAACAGGUGGUGCCGUUCAUCCUGGAACGUCUGGAGGAACAGGUUAAGCGCAACGGUGGUUACUUCGUCGGCGGUAAACUCACCUGGGCUGACCUCUACUUCGUCUCCUUGUUAGACAUGUUUAACUUCAGAAGCGGCGAGGUAGAUAUCCUCAAGAACAAACCACACCUCAAGGCUCUCGAGCAGAAGGUUCUGCAACUGCCCAACAUCAAGGCUUGGGUCGAGAAACGUCCCAAGAGCGAUUUUUAAGUUUUCUUUUUUUUUUUUUUUUAUACGAUUAUAUUUAUCCAUUAAAGAUUUCUAGAUUGU